AUGGCGCGCAGGGCGCUGCGCUCCGUGCUCCGGGUCCUGCAGCCCGACUUUGGGGUCCUUGCUGACUCUUCCUCUGGGUCCUUUGUUCGCAGGGCAGCAUGCCGAAACAAAACGCCACCUCCCGACACGGCUUCCUGCCCACAUUCCAGCAUUUCGCCACACAGGCCAUUCACGCGGGGCAGGAGCCCGAGCAGUGGACCUCCCGGGCAGUGGUGCCCCCAAUCUCCUUGUCCACCACGUUCAAGCAGGGGGCGCCGGGCCGGCACGCGGGAUUUGAAUACAGCCGCUCUGGAAAUCCCACUAGGAACUGCUUGGAACAAGCCACGGCAGCACUGGAUGGGGCUAAGUACAGUUUGGCCUUUUCUUCAGGGUUGGCUGCCACCAUGACAAUUACCCAUCUUUUAAAAGCAGGAGACCAUAUUAUCUGCAUGGAUGAUGUGUAUGGAGGUACCAACAGGUACUUCAGAAAAGUGGCCUCUGAAUUUGGAUUGAAGAUUUCUUUUGUGGAUUGCUCCAAAACCAAAUUACUAGAGGCAGCAAUUACACCAGAAACCAAGCUUGUUUGGCUUGAAACUCCAACAAACCCUAGCUUAAAGGUAACCGACAUUGAAGCGUGUGCACAUAUCGUCCAUAAGCACGGAGACAUUAUUUUGGUUGUGGAUAACACUUUUAUGUCAGCAUAUUUCCAGCGACCUCUGGCUCUGGGAGCUGACAUUUGUAUGUAUUCUGCCACAAAAUACAUGAACGGCCACAGUGAUGUUGUCAUGGGCUUAGUAUCUCUCAAUUCUGAACAUCUCCACAAAAGGCUUCGUUUCUUGCAGAACUCCAUUGGAGCAGUUCCGUCCCCUAUGGACUGUUAUCUCUGCAAUCGAGGUCUGAAAACUCUGCAGAUCCGAAUGGAGAAGCACUUCAAGAAUGGAAUGGCAGUUGCCCAGUUCCUGGAGUCUCACCCCCUGGUAGAAAAGGUCAUUUACCCUGGGCUGCCCUCUCACCCGCAGCACGAGCUGGUCAAGCGCCAGUGCACGGGCUGUCCUGGGAUGAUCACCUUCUACAUCAAGGGCGCUCUGCAGCAGGCCAAGGCUUUCCUCCAGAACCUGAAGUUAUUUGCUCUGGCUGAGAGCUUGGGAGGAUAUGAAAGUCUUGCUGAGCUUCCGGCAGUGAUGACCCAUGCGUCAGUGCCUGAGAAUGACAGAGCCUCCCUUGGAAUCAGCGACACACUGAUUCGCCUCUCCGUGGGCUUGGAGGAUGAAAGCGACCUGCUGGAAGACCUAGACCAAGCUUUGAAGGCAGCACACCCCUGAGGUGGAAGCCAUGGCAGCAGCCUGAGUGCCGGUGAAGCUGCUUCCUGAGGAGACCAGGUCUGGAUAGCCGCGGGGCCACUGGCAAGCCUCUGCAGAGUGUGCCAGGGAAGACUGAAGGACAUGAUGACCUUGCACAGCCAUAGCCUUCUGGAGAUCUUUCCUGUUAGAAACUUUUCUGUCUUUCUGUAACUGACAGGUCAGUUCUACGCAUGUCUUUUUGGUGGCUCUGCUGUGUAAGUGCCUCUCUGGAAGAGAGGACUGCUUCCGGGAUCAUGUCCUUUUCUUUUAUAACCAACGAUUGAUAUUGAUCAUGUUUACAAUAGAAUAAUAAUUCACUUUUGAUGUUUUGUGAUUAAAUUAAAAUAUUAAAUGAAUGUUUUUAGUGUUCUUAAAUCAGUGUGAUUUUUUUUCUGUAAUGUUGAAAAAGGUUAUUUAAAGCAGUGGUUUACAUUUUAUGAUGCCAAAAAAUCAAAUACUUGACAAACCUACUGUGAAAUUCUACCGAUUGAAGCUUUACUUGUUAGUCAUUAUUUUUUAAAUAAAUCUCAUUAUCCAAUGCAUCCCACUGUGACCCUCCCAUGUUGUGUGACAUUCAUCUUUAUUCCUGGGUCCUUUUUAGUACUCUGCAGCAGCUCGUACAGGACUCGACCUCUUGUGUGAAUUUUAAAAAUCUUUUAAAUUGAUAAUUUCCAUAAAUAUAAACAAUAUACCAUGAUCAUGAUCUCUCAUAACCUACUUUUUUCCCCUACCAAAUCUCUCCUCCACUGAAUCCCUUUUACCAACUAGUAUGCAAAAUUUUAUAAAGUAGUUGAAUAACAUCUUCAAGUUUUAGUAUUUGCAGAUUAGUUAUGAAUAUGACACUUUUAUACCUCUUUCUUUCCUUCCUUCCUCCCUCCCUACCUCCUUUCUUUCUUUCAAGUCUCACCCUAGCCCAGGUUGACCUGGAAUUCACUCUGUAAUCUCAGGGUGGCCCCGAAUUUAUGGCGAUCCUCCUACAUCUGCUUCCCAAAUGCUGGGAUUAAAGGCAUGUGCCACCGUACCCAGCUAGCAUCAUUCUGAAUGGAA